AUUCUUUGUGGUGUUUGUUGAUUUGAUAACUUUUCUUACGGAUAAAACGAAAGGGCAAUCCGAUAUACUAAAAUCUUGUUAUGAGCCGCCGAGUUCAAGGAAAAGGGUCAGACUAUAACGGUGUAAAAAUCCAGGCCAGACAUAAUUUUAUUUUCUGGAAGAGUCUUUCCCUUCACCCAAAUUUAUUGCUACCUUAUCUAUCCAUACUCUCUUUAUAGUAGGAGCCAGCCAACAGACGAAUGGCAGUAAGAGAGAGAAAAAAAGAAAAAGAAAAAAUGUUGAUUUCAGGGAAAUCCAUUACAAUUUCCAGUCUCCAUCUUCUUGUCGCGGCGUUUUCCCUGUGGUUGACGUGCAUCACUGCCUCGGAAUCCGGUGACCCAGAACCAACUCCAUGGCCAGAACAAUUCCAUUCAAUUCUCUUCAACAACAACACCAAAGGAAAUCUCCAGAUCACUGAUUUGUGGUACGAUUGGCCUAACGGAAGGAACUUUAACAUAAUACAAAGUCAACUAGGGAAAAAAGAAUACCAUGUGGAAUGGGAUAACCACACAUCUUUUCACUUCACUUUGGAUGCUAACAAGGAGUGCAGAGUCUUGCAUUUCAAUGUGGGAAUACUUAGGCCUAAUUGGUUUGAAGGUGCAAAAUACUUGGGACAGAGAUAUAUGGAUGGAUUUCUCUGCAAUGUUUGGAAUAGAGUUGAUCAUGUUUGGUAUUAUGAAGAUGUUGUUACUAAGAGACCUGUUUUCUGGAUCUUCAUAAAUGGUGCCGGUUCACAUGUAAUGACAUUUGAAGUAGGAAAAGUACUAGAUGAUCCAAAUUGGCAAGCACCUGUUUACUGUUUCAAUGACGCCAACAACAAAGAAGAGAUAUCAUCUCCUCUUAGUUUAGUUACUGAUAAUGAUGUUUCCAUUGGCAGACUCAUGGGAGCAGCAGCUAUGGAUGUUUCUUUGUUGCUCUAAUUGUUGUUACUUUUCCAUGUACUAUCAAAUAAUGGGCAACAACUUAUCCGUAUUCAUGUAUUGAAGCAAAUAACUAACUAUGAAUUUUACUUUUACUAAUAAACAUAUUAUACGUGAAGUUAAA